AUGAUCGAGUUGGUGGAUGGCGACACGGUGAAACGGUUUGCGUCAGCCAAGACGUUGGUGGCGGAGCCCCAGUCGGAAGGGGUGGAGUUCAUCUUGGAGGUGGGCCUUCGAGAGAAGGGCCACCAACUAUGGGAUCUCAUCCUGAGAUUCAACCAGUGCUGUGUUCUUCAUCCUCUUGGAGCCCGCAUCCGCCGGGACCGUCCAGGCCUAUCAGGGCUUGCGGAGACCAUCCGCAACAUUUUUGAUGGUGCUUCCUCAGACGGCGUGAGGCUCAGGGCUGCUGUUGUCUCUCAACCUGCAUCCACCUCUUCUCCUGCCCUGCCCUUCCGAUGCUCACGCCUCCUUCAGGUCAGCUUGCAUAACGUUGAUGCCACAGCUUGCUAUAUGAAUGCCUCGCUCCUUGCCUUACUGUGGUCUACUCUUCAUACCAGUGUGCCCCAACUGGGAGGCCUCGAGCCAGUACUUUCAUUUCUUGAGGCGCGUCCUGAGCUGCUUUUGUUACGAUGCAUGGCCUGGACCAUGCUUCUGGGGUCGUGGUCCCAGCCACGACGCCAGCAUGACAUGCAUGAGUUCCUCGUACACCUCAUGCCUAGGUUACGGCUUCCUGCCAUCCAGGGGUACUGGCAACAGCGCAGGCUGGAAGAAGAUGUUGGGGCUGUUGUGUGUGAUACCUCCACCACGGUCAUACCCAUUACCCUGGAUCUCCCUGAGGGAGCCAGGGGACUGCAGCACUGCAUACAGGCUUGGCAUUCCAGUCACUACCGAUCGGCGAUUACGGGUGAUCCUCCGGAACUUAUCUGCUUGCACCUCUCUCGCUUUAGGCAGACUGAUGGGGGUGUCAUCGUCAAGGAUGUGCAGGCCUUACCAGACAUUCGAGAGGUUAUCCGUAUACCUGUCUUUCGCUCGCCUGCGGACAUACGCGUGCGAUGGUGCCCAUACCAGGUCUGUGCUGCUUCGCUGCACUUCGGCCCGACCGUUGAGCGGGGGCACUACCGAGCACUGCUUCGAAGCAAGGAGAAAAUCUGGAUCACUGAAGAUAACCGUGGUGCUCAACUUCUCUCUUGCACAGAGCUCACCUCGCUCACGCCGCACAUCUAUCUGAUCUGGUGCGUGCCUGACUCAGGCCUGCCGACGGCCGCUUGA